AUGCAAUGCUUAAAUGACAUAGACAUUGAUGAUUUUGCUACCCACUUUCAGCAGAUAAUCUACUCAUACUUUGCCAAAAAUUACGGCCUCGUACAAACAACAGACAAGAACGCCGUUGUCAGCAGCAGCAAUAAACAUUACUGCACCGCUGUCGUCAGCAGCAACAAACAACACUACUGCAACGCCGACGUCAACAGCAGCAAACAACACUACUUCACCGCCGUCGUCAGUAGCAACAAACAACAUUGCUACAGUAAUGACUCUCCAAGGACUAAAACUCCCAGAAACAGUAGCACAAGGGGAAUAAGCCACAGGGCCGCCGACGACAACAGCAUACUGCAGCAAUGGCGAUACACCUGCAUCAACGUCAAACCACAGCGGCAUCAACAUCGCAGCGGCAACAGCGACCGACACCGACAACAACCCUUCUUCAGUCAUCCCUCUUCAAGAUCAUCUCUACCCAACAUCAAAAACAUAAACGAAUUUACGGUACAUUUUCAAGCCUUAAUCUACAAAUACUUAGCCUCCACAUACGAUAACCAAAACUUAAAAACCACUCUACCAAUAAAACAAGAUAAAUCAAUAAAAACAAUAAAAAAGAGAUUGAAAAGCUUGACGAUGUUAGGCCGAAACACCUGGCAGUUUGAUGAACAAAUAUCAGAGUUGAGGAAGCUAAUAAGAAAAAAAUUAGCUCUACAAGUAACGACUAAAACGUAA